CGCGCUCGUCGUUCUGACGACCUGGCAAAGAUCGCCGAUCAGCACAUCCAACAUGACCUCCAACAAGAUGACCGCGACACUCUCAAGUCCGCUGCUAAGACAGUUUCCCUUUGGACAACCGUUGGAUCUGCAGUAGGAAUCGGGCUGGGACUCUACGUAGCCUUUAGGUUGAGAAGCUCGCGACAGGCGUUCUUUGAAGCAUUCCGGGCACAGGAAAAACCCACCAAGGUUGUUUUUGCGGAUGGAAGAACUGAGGCCGUCCCUGACAUCACACCUUUCUUGAAACCAACUACAUUCGGCGAUGUCGCAACGUAUCUCUUCGCCUCUGCUGGUGGACUGUUCCUCGGCGGAGAACUCGGCUUCGCAGGCGGAGCUGCCCGUGCAAGCAGCAGCAUCACCUCAGACCCAGAGAGAAGCCAGAGAAUAGAAAGCGCAUUCAGAAAGUUCCGGGCUGAUGUGCUGCGGAAGGAGGCGAAUGCCUUGGAUCAGGGGGGGAGCGUCUUUGAUAAGAUGUUU